AUGACGUUAGAUAUAGUAUCAAUUUCAAAAGAUUACUACAAUGACCAUUUCAAAGUUCUUGUUAUAAUAGUAAUAAUAACAUAUAUAGAAAUAAUGUACAUCCUUCAUAAUCUUGCAACUUUCACUAUGACAAUACUAAUAAUAUUCAUUUUCCAAAUGUUUUAUGUACUGCCCUUUUGUUCAUCUACUUCAACUGCUACAUUUGUGUUUGGAGAUUCUUUGGUUGAUUCUGGCAAUAACAACUUCUUGUUUACCCUCUCUAAAGCUGACUCUCCUCCAUAUGGCAUAGAUUUUAAACCUUCUCAUGGCCACCCUACUGGAAGAUUCACCAAUGGUCUCACCAUUUCCGAUAUCGUUGGUGAAGCUCUUGGAGAUAAUUCAUUUCCUCCACCAUAUUUAGCACCAAAUGUGGAGUCAAAUGCAACAAAUAUUGGAAUUAAUUAUGCUUCAGGUUCUUCAGGAAUUUUGGAUGCAACCGGAACUCUUUUUAUAGGGAGAGUGCCAUUAAGGGAACAGAUCAGCAAUUUUGAGGAAAGCAGAAAAUACAUUGUGAAUUCAAUGGGAGAGGAAAAUGCAAAGAGAUUCAUAAAGAAAGCAAUGUUUUCUAUAACAAUUGGGUCUAAUGAUGUUAUAAACUAUUUCCAACCAUCUAUCCCUUUUGUAAGUAAUGAAAAGGUUUCUCCAACAACAUUCCAAGACUUCCUAAUUUCUAACUUGACUAUGAACCUUCAGAGACUGCAUAAAUUAGGGGCUCGAAAAUUUGUAGUAGUUGGAGUUGGACCUCUUGGGUGCAUUCCAUUUAUGCGUGCCAUUGGAUUAAUAUCAAAGGGUAAAUGCUCUGUGGAGGUAAACACAUUAAUCAGAAAUUACAAUAAGAAACUCAAGGUGGAGCUACAUAGAUUGAACAAAUAUAUCAAACCUAAAGCCAUCUUCAUAUAUGCUAAUUCCUAUGAUGUUUUUAGAGAGAUCAUACUAAAUCAUAAACAACACGGAUUUGAGAAUGCUGAUGCACCAUGUUGUGGAGGAUACUUUCCACCAUUUGUUUGCUACAAGGGAAAAGAUGCUAACACAAGCUCUGUGAUGUGUAAUGAUAGAGGAAAAUAUGUGUUUUGGGAUGCUUAUCAUCCAACAGAAGCUGCUAAUGUUAUAAUAGCAAAAAAGUUCUUGUAUGGUGAUGCUAGUGUAAUAUCUCCUAUUAACAUUCUUCACCUUCACAAUUAUGGUUCCUAGUAUUGGAAAAUAAUAUAUCAAU